AUGAGCGGCCCGGGGUGCUACGACCCCCCCGCCGACUUCGCUCCCGCGUCGUUCCGCCGCCACGCCGCCUUCGAGCUCGAGGACGACGACGAGGUGUGGGUGAUCCAAGCCCCCGCGGGGACGUCCGCGAGGGACCUGCGCGGGUGUCGAUUCACGGUCGCGGACGACGACGACGCCGUCGGCGUCGUCGUCGACGAGUUCAAGACCGCGAGAGGGAAGAAGUACAGGAUGGUCGAGGACGGGAAGGGCGCCGCGGAGACGCUGUCGAUCGUGCGCGCGGCGAGGGACGGAUCGAACGGGCUGGAGACCGCGCGCGCGGUGACGCGGCGGGUCACGCUGAUGCGCAAGGUCAGGGGUGCGGCGGGCUCGGGGGGGAGGCGCGAAGGCGACGACGACGACGAAGGGGACGAGGCGCGCGGCGGCGGCGGCGGCGAGGAGAAGCGCGCCGCGCGAGAGCCGAAGACGCCGAAGGAGAAGAAGCGGAAGAGGGACAAGGACGACCGGAAGUCGUCCAAGAAGUCGAAGAGCUCGAAGAAGGACAAGGACUGA